AUGGCCGAACCUCUCACCAGUAAACACUCCUGCAUUGGAGGCACGCCCGCCGAGCUUCUUGAUCGCCUCGCCGUGUCGGAGCUCUGCAAGGGCUGGCCAGUCUAUCGCGAUGCCGGCGAGUGGGACAAGUUCCGAUCCCUUUUCACCAAAGAUGCCUACGUCUGGACCACCUGGAGCGGCGCCCAGACCAUCGGUCAAUUCAUCGCCAUCUCCCUCAUUGGCCAACUGGAGAAGGGCGCCUUCAUCAUGCAUCGCGAGUGCGGCACCCUCGUCGAGCUGAACCCGGAGACCAACCGCGCCGUCGGCACAAUGAAAGCCACCAUCACCCAGCGCUUCAAGGGUCAAGGCGGCUGCGAAUACGACGUCGAUUGCGACUGCCGCUUCAUCUUCUUCUGUGAGAAGAAAAGCGGCGGUGAACGGAGCGACUGGAGAGCGGCUUUCGUCAAGCUCGUCUACGAAAAGGACAAGGUCGUCCCCGUGGACGGGACAUCCGUGCCCAUCUUCAAAGAUGAGGUGUUGGCCAAGUUUCCAACGGGAUACAAGUACCUCGGCGCCGCGCAGAGUAAUUUGGGGUACGAGAUCGAUACCAAGCUUGUUACGGGAAAGAACCGAGAGUCUUGCGAGAAGAUGUACAAAAGCAUGGGACGCUGGUUGGCGGGAGAGCAGGGGACGAUUGGCCUGUUUGACUGA